CAGCUUCCAGCUUCUAUAAUACACAAACUAGAGGAAACAAAAAACACGGUUUUAAGUCUUACGCCGAGUUUAACUUCUUCACACGCAAGCGGAUAUUGAAAAUUGGUAGCCUGCAAUAUAUGAAAUGUCUCAUGGUUGUUCUGGUGAUCAAUUUGUUGGUGUUUUUAUAUCUGAUAUACACACACAACUUAUUCUCUAUUGACCAGUACGUGUUGUCGGCUGACGGUGCUUCACACUAUCACCGGGAAGAUGCUCAACAUGUGGUUCUUGCCAAGGAAGUAACUGUUAUCAUAAGGGAAUUCGAAGAUUUCGAAAAUCGUGUUAAUGAAACUGUCAAAAAUUUUAAGUGGAUAUCGCCAUAUAUGAAUGUGAUUAUAGUCUCAGAUAACAUUCCCUAUCCGCCACUGGAAUUAAACUUCAGCCAGACGAUACACUUUGUAAAUCUCCAACUGCAGCCAAUGCUAGAAAACCCGACUGAUACCCUCAGGAGAUUAAUCACAACUCCAUACACACUGUUUAUCCCUGAUGGUACCAACAUAACUAGAUCCAAAGCUUUACUCCAAGCAGUUAAAAACAUGAAAACAAGGAAAUUAAUCAAAGCUCUAGCCAUCCCAAUUGGAUAUGAAAAGCUGACCUGUCCUGGAAUGGAUGUGCAUUUGCGGUCAUGGUCUGUUGAUUUCACCAACUUUGUUGGAGGUGAAGGAAUGUGUGACUAUGUGCAAGGAAAUCAUGCACUGUUGAUGUCUACAAGUGACCUGUUUGAACUGACAAGUCCAUUUGAACGCCCCCUGUAUGUUUCAUUGUACAUGCAGUUAACUCUAAGAAGGUGGAAGACAGGAAUUUACUCUGGUGAAGUUUUUAUGCCAAAGACUAUAUUUAAAGACUUUCGAAGUGAAUGGAAACAUAAACACAUGGAGGAAUUACGUCUUGAGAAUACAAUGAGAAAAUUUGAAAUUAAAAAAGUAUCCUAUGAUAAACAGAAAGUAAUAUAUUAUGGUUGUUCAAAAGAUACCGAGAGGUGCUUUGGAACAGUCGUCAAUAACAUGCCUGAAUUUUUAUACAGAGAAAAAUGGACCCCACCUUGUUGUUUGAAGGCAGUAAGAGAAACAGCAAUACAUGUCUUCACAAUGUUGAAUAAAUGUUCGGCUCGCUACUGGCUGGAAGGUGGCAGCUUACUAGGAGCUGCUCGACAGAAGGAUAUUAUUCCUUGGGACUAUGAUGUUGACAUUGGUGUUUAUAAGGAAGAUCUAGAAAAAUGUGAACAGUUUAUAACCUUGACAAAAAGGAAUAGCUUUACUGAUGAAGCAGGUUUCCACUGGGAAAAGGCAACUGAGGGAGAAUUCUUCAGAGUUCACUACAGUGUCGUUAAUCGAAAUCAUGUUGAUAUAUUCCCGUUUUAUCCUAAGUCUGGGAUAAUGACAAAAAAUACAUGGUUUAAAACACAUAGACAAGACAGAGAAUUUCCUGAACAUUACCUAAAACCACUUACAAAGGUGGAAUUCAUAGGAAUGAAUGUUUCAGCACCAAAUAAUAUCAGACAGUUUUUAGAAUAUAAAUUUGGAAAAGGAGUGAUUGAAAAUCCAAGGUUUCCCAACUCGGACAUGGUGGUCGGUGGAUAAAUCUGUGUUAUAUGUGUGAUGCUUCAUAUCUAUUUAAUAGAACUAAAAAUAAUUAAUAUACAUGUUAUAGUAUACGUACUGUAUCUGUAUGAUUUAAAAAAAAUAAACAUGACCAUUCCUACAGAUCUCAUCGUUGUGGAUGUGGAGUAUUUAACAUUUGUUUUGUAGUUUGCUACUUUGCAUAUCGUGUCAUUGUUAAUUAUAUAUAAGUGUACAUGUAUAUUCAGAUUUUGUGUUUGUGUACAUGUUUAAUAUAUAUACAUAUUUGAUUUCAAAUGCAAUUUGAACUAAAAAAUGUUUAAAAUUUCAAAUGGUCCUCAACCGAUAUGCUAUAUAUAUUUAUAAGUUUUAUCCUGUCUUCAUCAUGAUCAGAUUGUAGCAAUAUAAUAUAUAUAUAUAUAUAGUGUAGUUUAGAAAAUCUUGUAAAGGUUAACAUUGCUAUCACAAUUUCUCAAGAAGUAAAGAUACAUUAAACUUACACAUACCAAUAAACAUCAUUUGAUGGUGGGACACAAGGUAAAUGUAAAUGUGUAAAAUCAAAUGUUUUAAAAAAAUUAUGAAAGUAUUCUUUCAUUCCUAAUCAUAGAAAAAAGUAAUUUUGGUGUGUACUAUAUUUUAAUAUUUUUCAGGGAAUAGGGAUAGUAGAAUCUGAAACUUGAUUUACUUUUCCACAAUUUUACCAAAGUAUUCAUGGAUUGUUAUAUUCCAUUAUAGACAUUUCAUAUUUUUCACAUUCCACUUAGAUAAUUAUAAUGAUACAUAUUUUUUAUCAGAGACCUAUUAAACUUCUAUAAGUGUAAACAUCAGAAACUUUUCUUAAACUUGUACACUCGUUAAAAUCUUCGAUAUUUGUAGUAUAAGAUAUUUGCCAUGCUGAUUUAUAAAGAUAAAAGGAAUAAAACAUUGAUUGAGAAUGAUGGAAACAGACAAAACUUUUUUUAAUUGUAUGCUAAUCUAUUUCUUACAAUGCAUAUGUACAUGUAUAUGUAAAUAUUGAUGUAAAAUUCAUCAUUUGAAAUAUAUACCGGUCCUAAGGAUGGUGGUGUUUAUUAUAAACAUGCUCCUGAUAUAUAGGUCAAAUUAUGUAUACUGAUGUACAGGAAUGAAAUCAUUUUCACUGUUUUUUCACUUAUAAGUUAUAUGUUUUAGCCUAAUAUACUUUCAAUAUAAGAGCUAUAGUGUUGCAAAGCAGCUGCUGUUUGUUGUUUAUUUAUCACAUUAUAUUUAAGUUCCAGCAGGCCUGAUAUUUUGCCUUAUAUAAUUACAUGUUGCCAAUUAACCUCUAGGACGGAGUCUUUAAAGUUUCUUUAUACAAUUGACUUAACCUUUUCAUAUUAACUACAUUUGUAAGUCAAAUAGGAAAAAUCUCUUUGAAAAUCUUUUUAAGUGCUGGAAGACCCAGAGGCCUGCUUUUUUGCCAGCAGGAACCUAGAACAUAGUGAUAUGAAGUUUCUUCAUACAAAUGACCUUUGUCUUUUUUCAAGGUCACAUGGGUCUAGUAGUUUUUUUGAGAACCUUCUGAUCAAGUUCUAAAAUACCCAAGGCUCUGAUCUUUGGCCAGUAGCUAACUAUAGGUAUACGUACCUGCUAUGGAGUGUAGUCAAUUUUCUUCUUACGAAGUCAAUGACCUUAACCUGUUUUAAAAAUAACUGGGGUCGGAAAUUUUAAAAAACGUCAAGGAUCUUCUUUUUCAAGUGCCAGAAGCAAGGCCCAUAUGCCUGAUAUUUGGUCAGAAAUUAACCAAGUUUGAGGGCUAUAAAGAUUUGACCUACAAAAGACGUUUCCUAGAGGAAAAUUCUUAGAGUUAUUGAGGAAUUUAGGUCUGAAGGUCAAAAGUCAAGGAAACCUUUACAAUUACAUCAUAUGAGCUCUUUAAGGAAAGCCAAAUGAUCCGAAAUUUCAAAUAACGAUAUUUUGGUUUGCACUUUGCAGGUGUGCAAUAGAGGUUUUAAAAUUCGCUGUUACGAAAAAAAUCAUUAGUUAAAAACACUGUUAGAAAACCAUAAUAAAAGACACAUGACCAAGCUCUAUCAGAUGGGAAAUAGUACCGGGAACUAUGCAGAAGACUAAACUCUUUGUGAUUUCAUAAAGUGAGAAACAAAUAUCCAGAUUUGCAAUAGAUGUUUCAAAAGUAUGUAAGGUCAAAGUCGCUGUAACUAUAAUGGAACUGGUAACAAUUUCAAAUGGUGAUACGCAGACAUGUUGAUGUGCAAUUUCUCAAGGCCAGGGUCAAGGUCAAUGUUAAGAUCAUUGGAACCAAUAAUAUACUGUCAAAAGACAUCAUAUGUCUAAUAAGGGUCAUGCAGAAAAGGGCAAAACAUUUUCUGAAAUUUUACACGUAUGCUGUGAUAUGCAGAUGACCAUUAUGUGCAAUAGGGGUUUGGGAAUUUCUUAUGAUGAUUGUGAUAAGCAGAUGAGGGAUAAAGUCGAUUUCCAGCCAGAGAUUAUUAUCUCUUGUUAUCAUUGAUAACAUGUACUGGAUCAUGGCACACAGCAUUUUGUAUAUAUUUAUCCAUUUUGUUUGUAUACAUAUACAUUGUGUUAUAAUGAAAAUGCUUAUAAAUUGUUAUUUUUUUACAUUGUCUAUUUAUCAUCACGACUAGAAAUUCAGCUAAAUUAUGGAGUGAUAUUGAUGGCAUAAUUACAUGUACAGUAUGUUGUUGAAUUUUCUCCUUUGAAAUGACAUGUAUAUAUCACGGUGCUGGUAGUUGAUCUUUUAUUAUAUCACAUUCAGCCAUCAGCCCCGUACAAUAUGGCACAAAGAAGAUUUAAUCAGGACUCGUUGAUAAGGUUUAAUGUAGAUAUUUUAUACACGGGAAACUCCACUAAUAAGCUUGAUAGUGUAUACUUUAUCUAUUGACCGAGCUAGUUACUAUAAUGUACCAGAUCUCGUUUACAUUAUGUAUUUUGUUGAGCCAAAUUCAGCCACAUGCAUUGUUGAAUUUUCGGGAAGUAUUUUUCAAGCACAAUGUAACAAGAAAUAUUAUAAAUGUGUAAUAAUAAUAAUUGUAAUACAAUUCUAUUAUAAAUUGUGUGACGAAAAUUAACGAUAAAUUGUGCUAAGAAAAGGAAUUUUAUUUAAGUUAUCCAAAGAACAGAAACUUUAUAUUUUAGAGUAUGAUAAGAACAACAAUUCUGAUUGAAAGGUAUAGUAAUAACCUUCAUUAGACGAAAAUUUUCAAUGAGAAUUUAGACAAAGUAAUGAAAGUGGUGAUUCUUCUAAAAAAUGUUUAUCUCUAUUUAGCGGCAUUAGUAAACUAAUAGAAUUAUAUAAAUGUAACCUUAUAUUCUGGAAAUACCUUUUUAGGUUACAGUUUUAUGUACAUCAGUUUCAUACUAUCUCUCGUCACAAUCGAGUAGCCAAUUCUAAUAGAAAUUUGAUUAUUCCAAAUAAACAGCUGCUCUCUGAUAAAGAAUUGACGAAAUUCUGAAACUAUCAACGGUGAAUUAAUGGUUAAAAAAUUCGCAACAUAACAACAUGUAUCAUUUCAUAUCAUGGAGACCAAAUGACAAUAAUGUAGAUUUUUACAGUACAUGUCUAUUUGUUAGUCCAAUUGUCCCGUUUGUGGAAGUUCUGUAUUAUGUCUGAUUAUUUGUUUAUGUUGAUUUUAUUUAAGAUCGGUACAUUAUCUAAUUGUCAAAAUUGGAAUUGUGGUUUCAGCAAAUUUAAUGUUACAUGUACGCUGCUAUAAGCAUAUCAAACACAUUCUUGCUAGUUUGAUAAUCUGCAUUGUAUUGUUAGCUCACCUGCCAGAAGGGCAAGUGAUCUUUAUGCCUUGGUACACUGUCCGGCGUCUGACGGCCCGACGGCAACUUUUUACCUUCAAACCACUUCUGAAUAACCAAAAGGCACGGUAGGUUCUGAUAUGCCUGUAGCAAGCUUGGAUAAAGACCUACCAAGUUUGUUUAAAUGAAUGGCCUGGACUAUUUUCAAAAUCUCAGGGACGAAAUGUCUAAAAACAUUUUUUUAACCAAUUCUCCUCAAUAACCAAAUGACACAAGGUACUGAUAUUGGGUCUUUAGCAUGCCGGGAUGAACGGCUUCCAAAUUGAUUCAAAUGGCUGACCUUAACUUCCCCUUAACUUAAAGUAAUUUUAACUCCAUAGCAAAAAUUAUUCAAAUCGUCAAACAACUUCUUCUCAAUAACUGAAAGGUCCAAGGCACACAGGGCCCGUAGCAUGAUAUAAUUGACUUGAAGGGCUACGAAGUUUGUUCAAAUUAGUUAUCUUAAUUCACUGUUAAGGCCACAGGGAUCAUGUGUUAAACUUUUCAAAUUACCAUUACUUAUUCUCAAUUACCAAAAGUCUUAAGAGUCCUGAUAUUGCCGGUCACUAACAUGCUAACACUUACCAAGUUUGUUUAAAUGAUUUACCUUAACACAUAAAAAGGUUCCGGGAUCAAAUGUGUUAAAAUCUUUUAAUAUCUUCCUUUUGGUAACCAAAAUGUCUACAAUAAUAUUAUUUAACUAUUGGAGUACUUGGUAAAAUUGUGACAUAGCUUUUUGUUUGACAUGUUUUGGAGUCCACAUAAACACACUAAAUCUAUUUUGAAACUCUCAUUAAUUAAAUCAAGCAUUACAAAUUAAAGUACAUUGUAUUCUGUACUAGCUGACACAGAUGAGCGAUUCAGGCCCUUGAGCCUCUUGUAUAAGGGAGAUAAGAUUAAGCCGAUUACUCUUGUUUAUCUCUUGAUGGUUGUGGGAUUAGAUUCGUCACUCAGGAUUCAUGACUACAUCAUCUGCUUCGUAUAUUUUAUAAUGAAAACUAUUGAAUGGCGUAAGUCUUUUAUAAAAUAAUGAAUGUUUUAUAAUUUAUUAAUAAAGUGGUUUAUUUGGA